AUGCCCAAGAAAAUUACCGUCCUCGGUGCCGUCGCCGCUCUCGCUCUUGCCUCGCAAGAUGCCCAAGCGUUUGCCCCACCUGCUUCUUCUGUCGUCGUUCGACCAACUAUGACCAGUGCCCUUUUUGCCGAGGAGCCGAAGUCAGCUGAAGGUGCAGUCUUUGUUCCACCAGAAGAACCAGCAAAAGGAGAAGAAGAAGAAGAAGAGGCCACUGAAAUUGGAUUGGAAGUCGCUGAAUUGUUGGGACGAGGAGCCGCCAAGGCCAAGCGCGGAAAGAGAAAGGGUGGAUCUACAGCUCCCAAGGCAACCAAGGCUGCUGUCUCACUUGCUCCUGAAGAAGAAUUCUACGAAGGUCCUCCUGCCAUCACUGAGACUAUUGUCCCCACCAUCUCUAUCCUUACUGUGGUUGGAAUCAUUCCUGCUGCUGCCGCAUGGGCCCGCCAAGCUUGGGUUCGAUACAGAAUCACUUCCCGUCGUAUCCGUGUGACUUCUGGAAUCGGAGGAAAGGACAUGGCCGAAAUUGUUUACCCCGACAUUGUCGAAAUCAGAACAGUCAAGAGAUUGUUCGGAGAUGGUGACAUGGUCGCCUUCUUGCGAGAUGGAGCCAAGUUUGAGAUGAGAAAUAUUCCCAACUUUGAAGAAACCAUGGAAUUCAUCUUGAAGAAUGUUGACAAGGAUGUCGCUGAUACCUACCGUUCAAAGGGAGAUGUCACCGAGCCAUAA